AUGACCAAGGUUCUUCUGACAGGCGGAUCAGGCUUCAUUGCCGCUCAUAUCCUUGAGUUGCUUCUCCAGAGAGGCCAUGAGGUAGUGACGACAGUUCGAUCAGAAGACAAGGCUGCCAAGAUUCGUGAGGCACAUCCUGAUGCAAGGCUUUCUAUUGUCAUUGUCCCCGACAUUGCCAAGCCAGAUGCCUUUGACGAGGUGGUCAAAACUCCCGGCCUGGAAGUCGUAUUACACACGGCGUCUCCAUUCCACUACAAAUGGUCCGAUCCAAAGACGGAGCUCUUGGACCCUGCCAUCAUCGGCACAACCUCCAUCCUAAAGGCAAUCAAGCGGUCCGCACCGGGUGUGAAGCGGGUUGUCAUCACCUCGUCCUUUGCCUCCAUUCUAUCGGACGCGGGCCUGUCUGACCCCAAAACAGUCUUCUCCGAGAAGGACUGGAACCCUAGCACCUACGAGGACGGCCUCAAGGAGCAUAAGCCCACAUCGUACCGGGUGUCCAAGACGCUCGCCGAAAAGUCGGCCUGGGAAUUCGUCGAGAAGGAGAAACCCAACUUUGACCUGGCCACCAUUUGCCCACCGCUCGUCUUUGGGCCCGUGGUACACCACCUCAACUCGCUCGCGGCCAUCAACACGUCCAACGAGCGCUUUGUCGAUCUCAUCCACGGCAAGUGGAAGGACGGCAUCCCCGACACGGGCGUCUGGUUCUGGGUCGACGUGCGCGACGUGGCCCUGGCCCACGUCGAGGCGUUUGAGCGCCCCGCGGCCGGCGGCAAGCGCUUCUUUGUCCUCUCGGGCAAGUUCAACAACCGCGAGAUUGUCGCCGCGGCGCGCCAGAACUUCCCCGAGCUGCGGGACAAGCUGCCGACCGAGGCGGUCCAGGGCGGUGGCUACCCUGCCGAGGGCACAUACGGCUACGAUAACUCGCGCGCCACCUCGGAGCUGGGGAUCAAGUGGAUCUCCAUUGAGAAGAGCGCCGUCGACACCAUCAAGAGUCUGCUGGAGGUGGGCGCCUAA